UCCACAACCAACAAGUCAACAACAACACUCUUAAGCCAUAGCACUUCGCUCACAACACAAAGUUUGACUCUUUUUUACUAUUAUAACAGUCGCUAUUUCAAGAAAACCAGAGAUGACUAAUAAUAACUCGAUUUCAUGCUCUUUAGAUUCCAAUCCGGCAAAUCUAGAGAGAGAUUACUCGCAGGAAACAUCAUCAUCAUCUCUCGACGAAGGAAUUAUACUAUUAGCUUCGAGUCGACCCAAGAAACGUGCAGGGAGAAAGAAGUUCAAGGAAACUCGCCACCCGAUUUAUAGGGGAGUGAGGAGGAGGAAUAAUAACAAGUGGGUUUGCGAGCUACGGGAACCUAGUAAACAAAAAAGAAUAUGGCUAGGAACUUAUCCUACUCCAGAAAUGGCAGCUCGAGCUCAUGAUGUAGCUGCAUUAGCACUUAGAGGUAAUUCCGCUACUCUAAACUUCGCAGACUCCCUUUGGAGGUUGCCAGUGAUAGUAUCAAAGGAUCCUAAGGACUUACGCCAGGCUGCUGUAAAAGCAGCCGAGGCGUUUCGUCCGGAUCCUGAGUUAGUUGGAGUCGACUAUAUGAACGAGGAAGUUAAUUCAAAUGAGGAAGUAAAGUGCCAAGAGAAUGUUGUUAAUGGAGGUGGGUAUGAUAUGGGGGUUAAGGAAUUGAAAAUGCAGAAUAAGGAGAUGGAAAACGUUUUGUGUUGCAAUUGGGGAGAAAAUAGUGAUAUGUUGGAGAUAGAGGGAUCGUGGCAAGAAAUGAUAGGGCUUUUGUUUUCUCCAACUCCUCGUUUAGGUAAUUGUUUUAGUUGGGAUGAUGUUGAAAGUGACGUUGAAGUGUCUUUGUGGAAUUAUAGUAUUUGACUGAUAUUGCAGUCAAGGCGGAUAUAGAAUUUAUACCAAACCCAUAUUUAAUUUUUUGUAUUCAUAAUAUAUUGCUUAUAUGUAUAUAGAGUUUGAGUCAAAUUUAUUGAAUUGAAAUGAAAUCCAUAUGUUAUUGUA